GUGUGUGUGUGUGUGUGUGCAAUCCGGUUGUUAUAGUGCCACACAUAUAUCUCCUCCCAUUUGUGUAGGAGAGAAUGAGAGAGACGGAGAGCUCACAGUCGUCCAGCAUUAACAUCAGGGUUUUUGGUUACAAUCCCCUGCAGCUAUAUGGGGAGGUUUGGAUAGCUGGAUACGCCAAGAAUGUCUUAGGUCCUUUUUUUUCCUUCAAUCACACAGAAUGUCUCAUCUAGGCCACGUAUUAAAUGAGUCUUCUUGCUGAAGGCUGCAUGCCGAGAGCACACGGGCAACACCCUGGAAAAUUGGUGUUUUUGGAGCAAAAACACAUGGAAGGACUUUCUGCUUACAAUUCACAAUGAUAUGCUUUACCUCAUUGCUUCUUGACUUGACUUUGUGUCAGCAAGAGUUAAAAGUGAUGCAGAUUAAGUAGUAAGUCUAUAACUUGAACUAAAGACCAGUGUUGACUAAUAGUUCAACGUUUCUCGUAAGUGUUUGUCGCAGGUUUUUUUUUUAAGGCUAAGAAAGUAGGAAAUUCCCACUUCAGAUUUGGUCAAAGCACUGAAUUUUUGUUAAAGUGCUUGGAAAAUAAACACCCAAAAAUAAGUAAAUAUUUCAUAAUCGUAUUGCUUUAUUUAUUGCGAAUAGGUGUGAUAAGUCUAUAUGUUUUCUAAAUAAGCUUUAUUAUGUUCAGCGCGAGUGUUUCAGGUCUUAUCGAUCGUUUUCCGGUUGCUAAUUUAUGUCGCACUUUUAAGCCUCGCCUACGUACAUUGAUUCAAGCCUUAACAAAAGCUCCCAAGCUGCUGUGCUCUGACUGUACAGGCCCAUAGUCAGGCUUCUCCGGAUUAAAAUGACCUCCAUCUAGAAGUGCCUCGAGGCUGAGCACAGCAUCGAAUGGGACAACUGUACACAACCCAUAACCGCAGUGCUGCAUUAUAGUUUAGUGAUAUGACAGCAGACACGUCCCAUGUCUUUGCCCUGGGGGUCGAACGAUACACAAAACUCAUGAUCCGGUUUCUAUCCUGGAUUUGGAUCGUGGUUUUUUCCUCAGCCGUUUCCUUAUUACACUCCGUCCCAUGCAAAACGAAAGAGACGUCGAAGUAGAUGUUUAAUUUCCUUCAGAAAGGAAAGACAUUCUGAGGCAUUAACAGAAGUGUAAAAGUAGUGCUUCUGUAUGAGGAGUAAAACUAUACAGUUUCUCACUCCACUUUUAAUUUCCAGCCUCUCGCUGGACCUGAGAUCAAGUAAAUGAUUCAAGAAUCAGCAUCAGAUGACAGAAAACGUUUUUCAACCGUUCUAGUCAUUCUGAAUGGAAUGGGAUCGUCAAGGCGAUCGAAUUUGCACCAUGAUCCGCCGAUCCAAAGAGCCUCGUUUCUCCUCGACUUACUUCUACUUACCGAUUAGCAAAAAAUGUGUCAGAAGGUGGUUUUAAACUCGGGUUCGUGUGCACACGCAACGCUGCCCCAGCUCCCCCCACCUCCCCUCUCAAAAUUCUCAGAUUGGUUGCACAGAGCGUCUGAGCCUAUCACGUCUAACACCUAGCACGCGACCUUUAAUUAGGAACUCAUAAGCUUUUCUCUUUGCCUCUCUGUCUCUUUCCCCCAGAGGCAAACACCUUAGCGUCCGUGUCUCCGCAUCGCUAAUAAACAUGUUUCCAUUCUGCCCUCAGGCUGCGCCAGUGAAAAGACGACACAAACACACUUAAUUAGAGCCUUGGCAAUAAUUUGUAAGCUAAAUAUGCGGCGGGGCAGAUGAGGAAGCGAGCUGAUAAAGGGCGAGGAAGACGGAAAAGCUGCGAGAUUCUAACGUGCCACAGCAGCCACACUGAGAUUGCUCUCUAUGGCUUUCCCGUUUGUCUGUUUCCAGGAAGGAAGAAGCAUGUCGCGCUUGUCUCUGACCCGCUCGCCAGUCUCUCCCCUGGCAGCGCAGGGCAUCCCGCUGCCCGCCCAGCUCACCAAAGCCAACGCUCCCGUGCACAUCGACGUGGGGGGGCACAUGUACACGAGCAGCUUGGCCACGCUUACCAAGUACCCUGACUCCAGGAUCAGUCGUCUCUUUAACGGCACCGAGCCCAUCGUGCUGGACAGUCUGAAGCAGCACUAUUUCAUCGACAGGGACGGAGAGAUCUUCCGUUUCAUCCUCAGCUUCCUCAGGACCUGCAAGCUGCUGCUGCCUGAAGACUUUAAGGACUUUAACCUGCUGUACGAGGAGGCGCGGUAUUACCAGCUCACCCCCAUGCUGAAGGAGCUGGAGCGCUGGAAGCAGGAGCGCGAUCAGCGGCGCUCGGCUCAGCCCUGCGAGUGCCUGGUGGUGCGCGUGACCCCCGACCUCGGCGAGAGAAUCGCCCUCAGCGGGGAGAAGAUCCUCAUCGAGGAGAUCUUCCCCGAGACCGGAGACGUCAUGUGCAACUCGGUGAACGCUGGCUGGAACCAGGACCCCACCCACGUCAUCCGCUUCCCUCUCAACGGCUACUGCAGACUCAACUCCGUACAGGUGCUGGAGCGUCUGUUCCAGAAGGGGUUCAGCGUGGCGGCGUCAUGUGGCGGCGGCGUCGACUCCUCCCAGUUCAGCGAGUAUGUGCUGUGUCGUGAGGACAGGCGGAGCCAAAACAUGAACACGCCCCUCAGGAUAAAACAGGAGCCGCUGGACUAGAGACACAUACUCGUCUCACUGACACAGACUAAGCUGCCCUUAAAGAAUCACACACACACUCACACACACACUCACACACACACACACACACACACACACACACACACACACACACACACACACACACACACACACACACACACACACACACACACACACACCUGUUACCUAAAGCGGAAUGUAACAGACACAAAACACGCAAAGUCACACAAGAACAACCCAAAGAACAAGAAGUAAGACAAGAGAAUGGGCAGAACAGAAACAUUUCACUCGGCUGCUCACUCUAGUGAUGAUAAAUGACAUUCUGUCUGGCCAAUAAGAAGCUGGUUUCUCCCGCAGGCUCCUCCUUCUGUCAGUGCAGCGUGAGAUGUUUUCACACUGCAUGCGAACGGGUUGUAUUCAGGGAAGCCACUGUCUCUCUCUCGCUCUCUCUCUCUGUCUCCCUCCCUCACUCUCCCUCUCUCUCUCUUUCUCUCUCUCUUUCUCUCUCUCUAUCUCUGUCUCUCUCCUUCUCUCUGUCUCCUUAUCCCUCUCUCUCUCUCUCUCCCACGUUCCACCUCCAAACGCAGGCAAAGUGCCACAACGACACCACAGAGACAGCUAAGGUGCAGUGAACAGACUCUGUGCUCAGAGGACUGGCCAAAACUAUUGUUUCCUGUUAUUGUUGUUUAUAAAAUCUAAAAAAAAACUUCUUAUUCUUUGUCUGCCACCAUGAUGUAUAAAGUCCCUAAUGCUACGGUUUUUAUGUUCUUUGUUUACUUUAUGCUUCUUUUGUUAUAUGAAGGAUAAAUGCGAGUCGUGCUCACGCGGAGAGCAAGAGCGAGUCGCUGCGUCUCUGAAAACACUCUCAUGGCCCGAGGCAUCACAGUUAACACACCGCACACUGUAAAGCAUCCAGAGCCCAGAGAAGGCCGCUUUGUUUAAACAGAGCUGCGAGCAAACACAAGUAUUACUAAAGCUCUUCCUGCAGCAGGCCCAGGUAACACAGAGCGUGUGUAAUACAAUUCUCAAGACAUAUCCACAAACAUUCAGAUCCAGAAUAAGCUACAUGCCGCUACGUGUUAAAGAAAGCAAGCCUGAAAUCAAAUCAACAGAUAUCACAGAAUGGAAAUUGUACAUUCAUGUUGACCUUUUCAUGAUCAUAGCUAAAUCAGAAAACAGUCAGAAUUGUGUCAAACACUCGAGCGUAAAUGCCCGAGAACAUACAUCUGCACUUAGACUAACACAGGGCUGACUCUGAAUCACGCCUGCUAGCGAUCACGAGAACUAAAAGCCUUUCAGCGCUAACAUAGCGUUCCGCGGCUCAGCAGCCCUGAUGCUCAUUAAUCGUGAAUAUGUUACGUUAUUGUUGUGCUUAUUAAGGUGAAUUAAAUUUUUUCUUUUAAGGUCUUGUGUGGUAGCUGAAUUCCUCACUGUAUCACAUCGGUGUGUUUGUCAGACACGUAACCAUGGUGACGUACACACGCUUCUCACAACACUGAAAACACCCGACACUCGUCAGAUGGGAUCAGCUGUUCUGUUUAAUCCUGUAACGUCUGGUAACGGUUUAAUCAUACGAAUAAAGAGGAGAAACUCCGGUCUGUGUGGCACCACAGGAUCAGUAAAAAAAUAAAUCCAGCCAAUCAGAACCAGGCACAUGUCAGCUGUCAAUCAUGUUACCUGUCCAUGUAGGAAGCGCUUAGUGAGUGAGGGCAAGGCUUUUAUUGGAGUCAUGUGUUUGGAGAUGUUGUGGAUUUGUUUGCACCUUUAAAUGAUUUAAAUGAAGACACAUUUUUGACAGCAUUUGCACUCUGAAAAUAAAGCCUGUCCUGUUUGGAAUGAAAGAAGGACAGCUUCAUUGUU